AAGCAAGAUGGCGGCGAAUUGGAGGUUUCCAAGCCAAGUGCCUGCAGGUUUGAUUUCAAAACAUUUCUGGGGGGCCAGGAGUGGACAUUGAGAUGUCUGUAUAGAGACAGUGAUUAAUAAUAAUAAUAAUAAGAAGAGCAGGAUUUCUGAGCUGUAGGUAGUGAUGGCAGAUAGUGCUGUCAGUAUGUAGCCAUCCAUAGGAUCUGCCUGCUGGGUCCUCAUUGAAUUGCUGCCAAUCAUUGCUUCAUGGGGCUAUUUCUGUGUUAUAGAACUAACAUGUUAAAGGACUCCUUGUUUCAUAAUGUCACUUCUGUCCUCCAGCAUUUCAGUCCCAGUGUGACAGUGACAAGGACUGCCUAUAAAUAUAUAUAUAUACAUCAAACGUUAGGACAUGAUACCUGCUCAUGCUGAAUGUGGCAUCCUUAUUUUUAUUUGGAUUUUAUAAUGCAUUUAUUUAUCUAUUUAUUUAUUUUAUUGGUCAAUUUGCGAGAAUAUAAAGGGGAUAAUACAGAAUGUUGUGUCAUCUUGCACAAUGACAGUGAGAUGUAUCUAAGAUACUCCAUUCAUUUUGUACACAGAGUAAAACCCUCUCUCUCUUGUAAUACGUUAUCUGCAUACAUGCACAAUAUUAGUUAAUUGGUUUAUAUAAAUUGCAAACUAAGGAUUUGCUAUACAAGUCCAAAGCAGCAGCACAUGAGCAGCCCUAGGGUGGGGGAAUUGAACUGCAGGACUAGUGGGGUGUGGAUAUCAGGCACUCAAUCUCUUGCAUGGCUCCAUUCGGUUCUGAUUAUAUAUCUUCCAAUACUGGUUAUGCAGCCCUAUCGCUCCUACUUAUGAGCAUAUCCCAUAAACUUGUGCCCUGGAGAGAUUUAUGAAAUAUUCAUUUCAGCAUUGGCAGCAGUUACUGUAACCACAUUAAUGAACACAUCCAAACAGCUUACUGCUGUCUCAUGAAGAACCUAUAAAUGUGAUUAUAUUUAUUUUUUCAAUGAAAAGAAAUCCAUCUCUAAUUGUUGUGGUCUGGUUUUAUAGGAGUUGGUGGGUUUAAAAGACAUUAUGCACAGAGAUAGGACCAGGGGACCUCCUUGUACCAAGUAGCAUACAUUGUGGUGCUUGAGACAUCCCUUUACAAUUUUUGAAAUAAUAUUUUUGACUUCAUGUAAUAGUAACCAGUAGCACACAUAAAGGCUGUAUUUCACAUAACUUUGUUUUAUGGUAGGUUUUAGUUAGCCACCCACACCAUAUCAUUAGUCCCAGGUUCCCUCUCUGCUCUGUCUUAUUGGGCACAAGCUUUCUAUAUCUGGAAGGUUUUACUUUAUAUAACCCAACAGUCUGUAUUUUACACUUACCUGGGGGUAAUCUAGGGAAUGUAGCAGUGGGUACGUUUAUCUUCAAUAACUAGUGUAUUUGAAAUACAACUCGUAGCUGUCAUGCUCUUGGGUUAUAUACUAAAUUCCAAUUUAUUAUAUAUAUAUAUAUAUAUCUCAAAUCUGAGUAAAAAACUGAGGCAAACAUUGCUGAUCUGUAAAAAUUCUCAAACUUUGCCAUAGUCACAUCUUUUGUUUAUUUUUGCCUACGUUUUUCUGUUUGAGUUCAAAAUGCAAAAAAAAAAAGACUUAUUGAAUAACCUGUCUGACUAACCUUCUACUAACAUAUACCUUCCCACCUUACCAUUCCCCCCACUUAAACUGUUUUCUUCGUCUUUCACACCCAGUAAAUUACUCUACAAGUGGUUUUAACAUGUUCAUAAGUGUGUGGUGUCAGGGAGUAGAUAGUAUUUCUAGCUGUAUUUGUCAGACUUUCAAAGUGCUAAAUUGGAAAGGACAGUAUUGUUUCAUACAGUGACUGUCUCUUAUUUUUCUUAAGAUUCUGAAGUCCCUUUAACCACAGAGGAUUGCACAGGUAGUGAUGAAGACUCCAAUGAAGCUGGUGAGCCUGAGAUUUCUGAUGAGUGUAGACAUUUGUGGGAUACUGUUAUGAAGAAUCCUUGUGAUUUCAAUGGCUGGACUAAGUUGUUGGAACAUGCAGAAAAUCAGGUGAGACUAUUCUAUUCUUUCCAGUAAACAGAUUUUUUUAUUGCAAGAUAAAAUAUAAGCAACUAUUUUGAUUGCAUUCUAGAAUUAUAUUGUGUUUCUAUGAGAAGUGAUAUAUUGAUAUUGUCUCUGCCUGUUUCCCUGACAUUCACACUCUAGCAUGUUUAAAAUGCUUACGUGCAAACUGUGUGAUGAGUUUCCCCUUCUAAGGGAAUGGGAAGGUAGCUUAAUGAAGCAGUUUUAGUGUAUAGUUCAUGCCUUAGCAGUGUCACUAUUUACAUUUUUGUCAUUUAUGCAGCCCCAGCCAAAAGUCCCUUACCUAAGACUCAUAGCCUUCCUAUACACUACCUGAGAUAAAACCAUUUUAUUUUUUUUUCACGGAGGCUGUCAGUCACAGCCAAGGGAGGUGUGGCUAGAGCUGCAUAAACAGAAACAAAAGUAAUUAAACUCCUAAAUGGCAGAUAAUUGAGUACUGAGAAUGCAGGAGCACAAUCAGUGCACCAAAACUCCUUCAUUAAGCUAAACUUGUUUAGACUAUCCCUUUAUGUAGUUUAUACCAUAACCUUACAUAGUGUCACCUUUAAUAUAUAUCACUAAUCUUGUAACUAUGCUUUUCAUUUUCUUUUCUUGCUAUCCAUAUAUAUAUAUAUAUAUAUAUAUAUAUAUAUAUAUAUAUAUAUAUUUAUAUUUCUGGAACUCUUUAGGCUGCUGUCUUCCUUUUGGCUAAUUUAUUUUUAUCCCACAUUCAACUGCUUUCUACAAUUUGCACACAAAACUAAACCGUACUUCAAUAUUGCAUGCAAACCUAAUUUAAAAGAAUAAACACAACUGUUUGUCAUUCUGCCAUGUUUCCUGUACGUCUUUGUCUCUAUGUCACAAUAUGACUUGUCACUCAUUCUGAAAUUGAGUGUCCUGUAACUUUAAAAAAAUAUAUAUUUUCUCUUGAAGACAACAUUAAUAGGAAACCGGAGGAUAUAUCAUGCUUUUCUAACACGGUUUCCGUAUUGUUAUGGCUACUGGAAGAAGUAUGCAGACCUAGAGGUCCAGUUUAAGAAUCAAGAAUUGGCUGAAGAGGUAUGUGUUAAGUGACAAUGACUGGGUGACGCACAUAGAAUAUUGCUGUAUUUAUCACUAAACAAUCAUGUAGUUACAGGUGUGAUAUGACAGCUAGAAUCAAGGCUCAGAAUUCCCAUUUGUCACAAAGGGCAGGUGUAAACUGAUUCAUUUACAAUAAAGGAAGUGUAAACAUUAGACGGUUCUUUACAGGAAGUGUUUAGGAAUGCUGUGUAAGUCACAUGCAUAGAGUUGUGACUAGAGCAGUAUAAAGUAUGGUGAUUAGUGAUUGAACUCCUAAAUGGCGUUCAAUCACUGCAGGGGUAUGAUCUGUACACCAAAACUGCUUCAUAAAGCUAAAGUUGUUUUGGUGCCUAUAGUGUUUAUUUAAAGGGACACUUUAGGCACCCAGACCCAGCUCAUUGAAGUGGUCUGGGUGCAGUUUCCCUUUUGCACCAGAUAGACUGCAAUGUUUACAUUGCAGCACUAAGUCAGCCUCUAUUGGCUGUGUACCAGACAGCCACUAGAGGGCUUCCAGGAUUAAAACAGAUCUUUGGUCCGGUAUCUGACGCUUGACGUCCUCACACUCUGCAUGAGGACACCCAGCGUCAGAUAUUUUCCCAUAGGAAAGCAUUGAUUCAAUGCUUUCCUAUUGGGAGGUCUAAUGCUCGUGCAGCAUUUGCCGUGCAUGCGCAUUAGAGCCCGCUUGUCGGAGGGGGCAGAGCGUCGGCCCAGCACUGAGGGACAUUGGCGUCUGGCUCAGGUAAGUAAAUAAAGUGUUUUUUACCCUUUAUUUACCCGGGCGAGUGGGGAGGCACAGGGAGCUAUAGUGCCAGGAAUACAGCUUUGUAUUUCUGGCACUAUAGUAUCCCUUUAACAAAAUGUGUAUUUGUAAAGUAUUAAUUAGGCAUAAGCAACCUUCGGCACUCCAGAUGUUUUGGAUUCUACCUCCCAUGAUGCUUUGCCAGCAUUAUGGGUGUAAGAGCGUUAUGGGGGGUGUAGUCCACAACAUCUGGGGUGCCGAAGGUUGCCUAUCCCUGGUAAAUUAUUAACCAUAUAAAAUGGAACUCUGUCGUGUAUAAUAGUUUCCCAUUGACCUUAUAAUACAAGAACCGAUCUGUAAGCCGUGAUCAUCUUCACACAACCACCCUCACACCAACAGUUCUGCACGCCUAUUCUGUCUCUUUCACCCACAUCAUAACUGAUAAAUAGACUUUAAAGCUCUGUGUUUUUGCUAAUCCUACUUAAUGGCACAUUACGUUUCUUGUAAACAGGUCUUCUCCAAGGCAUUGCAGGCAAUCCCACUUAGUGUGGACCUUUGGAUACAUUAUAUCACAUUUCUGAAAAGUAAGCUGGAUAUGAAACUGCCAGAAUCUGUUGAGCGACUACGAGGGUGAGAAAAAACACGUUGAUUUAUACAUUUAUGGAAGUGUAUGCGAGAGCAGAUUCUGUAGGUUCAGUAAACAAAAUAUUAACUGAUCUAGAGUCUCUGUGUUUGAAAUGAGGUAACUGAAGCAGACUUCCAGGUUUGCCUUCCCACUGUCCGUGUUUUAACAUUUUAAUUUUAGCUUCCCUUUUCUCAUCUUAAAUUGGUGGGGUAUAUUCUAGUCACUGUGUGCUUUUGUUGGCUGCCUGUUUUUCUGUUUGUUUUUUACGUUAAAUUGGAUAUUGGCAUGCACAUUGUUCAUGGCAAGAAAAAUUUAGCAUAUCCAUUAAUAGUUACAAUAAGUCAGUACUGUCUACAUUUCGCAUUCAGGAGAGCCAUUAUCAUUGCAUUGUGUCUUCCCUUUAACAGCUGGGAACCUAUAAACAUUAAACUAGCUGGUUACCAUAAAUGUAUUUAUUUAUGUAUAAAAUAUUUUACCAGGAUAAUUACAUUGAGAUUUCUCUCAUUUUCGAGUAUAUCAUGGGUCCACAAAACAUUACAUUGUUACAAUAGGGAACAAUAUUACAAAAUAUAAUAUAUAUAUAUAUACAUACACAUUAUUUAUUAUUUAUUACCAUGAAUGGUUCUAAUAGAUAUGUUAAAAAAAAAGAAUGGGCAUAUUUAAAGAGAAUGAGAGUUUGUGACAAAAGGUUAAAAGAAUGAAUAAACAUAACUACCCAAUAGUAAAUGGCUGAUGAUAUGGUAACUGGAGAUCAGAGUUAUUAUAAAUUUAUAAGAUGUUUAUGUAUGAGUCUAGAGGUGGAGAAAACUGUGGGGAGAUGCCUACAAGGUUCUACACUUUUUUCCAGAGGAAAGAACCUUCCAAAUACAAUUGGUAUCUUGUCUGUUAUAGAAUAAUGCAGUCCCUCAACUUGUAGAAUCUCUUCUUUCAAGAAAGGAGGUAGUUUUAAUCCAGCACAGCGAUAUUCGUAUAUAUACUGUGUUUAAUAAAUGUAGUUCAAGGGAGUGUUUAUACUUUGUUGGUGACUUGAGAAAAUUUAAAAACUAGCACUGGUGACAAAGCCGAUAUCCCCAAAAAUUAGGCAGAUAUGUUUAACUCCUCUAGUCCCUCACACUGUUCCUGCAUUUAGUGUUAAACCAUUUUAACGAAUGAAUGAAUGAGGGUCCCUUUGCUUGCCAUAGCCCUGCCUCCUCUAGAGGUAUGACUGAGGCAGAGAUGACACACUUCCUUCUAACCAUACCCAUCCAUACCUGAAUUGGCUGAAAGCGGUCAGCUGACAUUCUCAGAAAAUCACAGGUGCCCACUGCUGCUCAGGCUAAUGCUUCUUUGCUAGUCCAAGCAGGCCAGAGGGGAUGGGCCGCAGGGAACAUUUAUAUAAAACUAAAAUAUUUAAAAAUGGUUUAGUGAAUGGAAGGACAGUGCCAGUGGACUCCAUACACUAUAUCCACUUCAAUGUGGUUAGUGUCCCUUUAAAUAUUCACCACCAAUCCUACCAAGUUUUAGAGAUUGUUAUUUGAAUCUUUAAUUACAUGUUGGAAAGGGUUAGUUUUACUGCUUGUAUGCUCAUGAUCAUUCUAAGGGUCCUUAAAUAGCAGAUCAACUGGUGAUACAUUGAAUUAUCCAUAAAUAAUGGGUGAUAGUUUGUGGAAAAUAGAGGGGAUCACACCCUGUUUAAAAAUAUCUUGUAGUGCCAAGUCCCCCUUUCUCUUGGUAGAGUAAAGUUAUAUAUUUUGUCCGUAUCUUAAGUGUCAGAACAAUGAAAGGAUGGUUGUAUGGGUAAGGGAUCGAUUUGCCAUUGUAAAAAUAAAGCUUUAUUUCUAACCAAUCUUGCUUCCUCUGUAGCCAUUCACUGCUAUCUCCCCUGCAUCAGUCAAUCAUCCUUAAUAGUAUUAUGGCUAGAUAAUAUUUGUGUGAGUCAGCAGGCCCCUCUAUUUUUGAGUUUAGUGAGCAUAUCAAAAGAGUGUUGUGCUCACUUAGUAAACCAUAUGAACUCCAUAAACCUGGAUGUCAAGAGAAAAAAGAUUGCAGCCAUUGUAAGGGUACCGUAUAAAACAAAAACAGAAGUCUCUGUAGUUUCUUCAUUUUCCGUUUGUUGAUUAUCUUUGGCUAGUGUUUUAAGAAGCAAGAAUCACUUCAUUGUAUAGAAUUCUGACAUUUUCAGUAUCAUGUUGGGCUCCCGCCCUUCUCAUACUUAACCUGGAAGUUCGAUUGGUUUGAAUACCUCUGUAACUCCUCCAUGAAGGGUGGGAGAGAGUGAACGGGGUGUGUUGUGGAGAAGAGAUUAGUGUCUUAUGCUGAAUCUUUUAAGAAUGAGUUAGCUAUCUCCACUUCUUGUAUUGCCAGAUUAACACUUCCUGUUGGAUCACGCAUGGCAGCAAAACAAAUGAGACCCAGCACCAAACAUUUGGUCUGCCUGUCAGCUGGGGGAAGACAAUAAUUGUUUUCUUGACUGGCACCUUAUUUUGCAAGCUAGUUUUAAAUGUGUGUAUGUCCUCGGUCCCAAAAGCAAAUCUUUAACAAUAUAAAAUGGAACUGUCAUGUAUAAUAGAUUCCCAUUGACCUUUAGCAGUAUAGAAUUUACCAUGACCGUAGUGGAAAUAGUAUACUCGUAAUUUCAAGAAAAUAUUAGAUAAUUGAUUUUUAAUAGUAGACAAUUUUUUUUUUUUACUCCUAUAGAUAUACACAAAAAGAUGACUGAGCACAUUGCAGGAAGUAAUGCAUUCAAUAAUAAAAUAUUUUCACAGGGGACAUAUUUUGUUAGAAUUGUAUUGAAACACAGGAUAUCCUCUUAUCCAGCUUCUGUUGACCUAUGGGUUUCACAGUUAUAAGCCAGCCUGCCGAUCAGCAGUUACUUAAAAGCUACUAUUUGGCUACCCUUCAUCUAUCAUUAUGGUAGCAAGUAUGUAAGACGUAAUUGUUUCUUUCUUUUGACAGAGUAUUCAAUGCAGCAUUGGAAGCUGCAGGUUUGGAUUUCCGCUCCGAUAAACUUUGGCUUUUGUACGCACAGUGGGAGAGGGACAACAGUUGCUUCAGAGAGGCCGCAGCAAUUUAUGAUCGUGUACUGACAGUUCCCACUCAGCUAUACCGGCAGCAAUUUGACAGGUGUGAGAAACGCUUUAUUACAUGUAAAAUCUCACUAACUUACACUGAUCAGCUUCAACAUUAAGACCACUGACAGGUAAAGUGAAUAACAUUGAUUAUAUUGUUACCAUGGCACCGGUCAAGAGGUUAGAAUACAUUAGGCAUCAAGUAAACAGAUCUUGAAUUUGAUGUGUUGGAAGAAGAAAGAAAUAGGCAUGUGAAAAGAUCUGACUAAAGGAGUGACUUUGACAAGGGCAAAUAGUGAUGACUAUAUGACUGGGUCAGAGCAUCUUCAAAUUGGCAAGUCUUGCGGGGUGUUCAGGUAUGCAAAGGUUAGAACCUACCAAAACUGGUGCAAAGACAGACAAUCUGUGAACCGGCUCAGGGUCAUGGGCAUACAAUGCUCAUUAAUGCACAUGGGCAGUGAAGGCUUGUCUGUCUGGUCCAAUCACACAGAAGAGCUACUGUAGCUGAAAUUGCUUAAUGAUGGCGAUGAUAGAAAGGUGUCAGAAAACACAGAUCAUCGCAGUUUGCCACGUAUGGGGCUCCAUGACCGCAAAACGUUAAGAAUGCCCAUAAUGACCCCUGUCCACCUCUGAAAAAGCCUUAGAUGGCUAUGUGAGCGCCGUAACUGGACCAUGGAGCAUUGGAAGAAAGUUAACUGGUCUGAAAAAUCAUAUCUUUUAUAUCAGGUGGAUGGCAGGUUGCGUGCUGGAUGCACUAUGGAAAGAAAACAGACCAGCAGAGGCAGUAUUAUGCUCUUGGCAAUGUUCUGCUGGGAAACCUUAGAUUCUGGCAUUCAUGUGGAUGUUACGUUUGACAUGUACUACCUACCUAGAGAUUGUUGCAAGCCACGUAAACCCCUUCAUGUGAAAGGCGUUCCCUGAUGUCAGUGGCCUCUUUCAUAAGGAUAAUACACCCUGCCACACGGCAAAAAUUUGAAGAAUAGAUUGAGGAACAUGACAAAGAGUUCAAGGUGUUUCCUUGGCUUCCAAAUUUCCCAGAUCUCAAUCUGAUUGAGCAGUCCUUGGAUGUGCUGGAACAACAAAUCAGACCCUCGCAACUUGCAGGAUUUAAAGGAUCUGCUACUCUUGUCUUGAUGCUAGAUGCUACAGUACAUGUUCAGAAGACUUGUGGAAUCCAUGCCUCAAAGCAUCAGAGCUAGUUUGGCAGCACGAGGGGGCCUACAUGAUAUUAGUAAGGUGGUUUUAAUGUUGUGGUUAAUCGGUGUAUAAUUCGGCAUAUUUAUGUCAGGGCAUGUGCUCCUGCCCCUCUUUCUGUUUUAUAUUUCAGUCUUUUUCUUUCUGACAUUUUCAUGGUUACUGUCCAUUUUCUAGGUUUAAAGGACUUAUUGCUGUUGUCUCCCCUCAUGAAUUUAUGAGUUUAGAGGAAUUCCAGUGGAUCCGCUCAAGAAUUAUCGAGCGGGAAAGCUUUCAGGUUCCUGAUGAAGACACGGAAUCAGAUGAUCUGGAAACAGUGUGUAUUUAUUUAUAAUAUUCAUAAAUGUAAAGAUGGUGUUGUAUACCUACACUUCUGGGUGUGUGAUUACUUCUGUAUCAUAGACAUAUUAAUACAGCGCACUUAUUCAUAUCUUCCUACAACAAACACUCAAUUUGGUGUUCUGUAUACCUUUACAGCUGAGAAUAAGAUAGCAUGGAGAGUGAAACAAUGUACUAGUCUACUACAUGUUUUGUAUAGGCAAUAGGAAUUUAGCUGUUAUUGGCAGUCAUUGUUUGGGUGGCAACCAAUUAAUUGUGGGUGCGAGCAGACAACUCACUGGAAGAGGAGAGAAUUUGGCCUGAGAGUAAAAUUGCAGGUACAGAGGAUUAAGCAAAGAUUUUGUAGACAUAAAAUGGCCAUUUAUAAGCAGAAGUGAAGUUUGUUAUCCAUCAUCAGUAUAAUGAAUGGUAGCUCUUGCACACUAGAUGUAUGUAAACUAAAUUUUACAUACACUGGAUAAGCUUUACUUUAGAUACAGUUUUCAAUCAAGGAGAAAAGAUGCCUUAUUCCUUUGGAAAAAUCUCAACAUUUCUUUUUUUAUUUUAUUUAUUUAUUUAUUGCUGAACUUAAACUCCUAACUUACUAAUAUGAGUAACUUCGAAAUAGAGGCAGAGGGAUAAUGGUGUUAGUUGGGAGACUAACCCAUCUGUAAGAGAGAGGCUAAUAGCACCAAACAACCAAAAUGUUAUUGCUACUCUGGAAGCACACUAGAUCUCUGGCACUGUGCCAGGGGUUCUUCGUGGCUUGGGAACCCUGAAGAAUUUGUGGAAGGAGAUGUCCUUGGCCUGCUUUGGUGACAGUAAGGCCGCCAGUAGCCUCCUCUGGCGGUGCGGAAGCUCUGCCACCUGGACGUCCUCAGAGAUGCCCUUGAUCUUCAGGUUUUUGCCACGUCUCAUGUCCUCCAGAGUCGCAAAUCUUCGGUCAGAGACGGCCUGCUGCUGUUUCAAGGCUUGUACCUACUGUUCGAGUGAGGUGAUCCUCUGAGUCUGAUCAUCCACUGAAGCUUCAACUAAACUCAAUCGGCAUACGAAGCCUGUAAGGUUAGAAUGUAGUGAAGCCAUGUCCGCUUGAAGUAUUUUCUUGAGUUUUGCCAGGAGCUCUUUCAGAAUCUCCAUCCUCACUGAUUGAGAUUCCGGUCUUCAUGGCACUUAUUGAGAGGGUGCUUGGGAUGAUAAGUCCGUAGUCUUUUGGCUUAGGGGAAACUCCUCUGAGAAUCCGAGGAGUCAUCAAUUUCCGCGGCCAUUUUGGGCCCACAUGCACCCCGCAUUUAUCGGAAAAGAUCUCCGAUUGUCAUGCCCGGUCUGGGAGCUAAAUUUAGGCGUAGAAUGUGACCCAAAAGUUCUGUUUUGUGCGGUCUUCCCGGAGCUCUGUAAGUGUGUGUUUAGUCUCCUCAACCGCUAGAAUCCGCCCCUCACAACAUCCAUUUUUAAGUGAGAAAUACAUCAAAUUUAUUCACCCUGGAAAUGUAGAACAGCUAUAAAUAGCAGUGUGGAUAUUAUUUCCAAUGUCAUCCAGGAUGCUGGUGUUUGGUUUCUGCCUAGCAGAAAAGAGGACUAAGCCAUAAUGAACAAGAUCAAACAAUAUGACAACUGUUUUUGAGACUGCAUGGGGCUUUACAUUAUUUUUGCAUGCUUUUUGCUUUUCUUUUACAUGAAAAGUAAAAGCAGUCUAUACAGAGUUUGCUCUCCAUGGAAAAUCUAAGUUUUUUUUUUAUUCUUGAGUGAAUCAGCAAGGAGUACAGACGAGGCAAUUUUUCAUCGUUUGGAAUAAUAGGCAGUUUCACAACUUUUAACAUAUUUUUUGUAGAAAAUGAUUGACUUAUAUCCAUCCUAUGAGACUAAACACUUGAUGAUAAAUUAACAUGAGCAAAUUAAACAAUGUGGGAAAAGUUAAUACCCAGUGAGGAGACCCUAUGUCUUAAAGGUAUGACUAACAUUUACAGUUCUAAGAGAGAAUAUACCUCAACUGGAGGAAGGUAGCAGGUAGAAAGCAUUCACUAUUCAAAAUAAUACUAUAAGUAAUUUACCAGCCAGCAAGACAUAGAAAGUAAUUAAAUUACUGAAAACAAAUACGAAAAUCCAUAACAUGUCUCUGUGAUCAGGUCUUCAGAACUUGUAGGCAUAUUUCUAUGAUUAAAUUACCAAAAUGAGUGCGCUUGAACUGAUGACAAAAUAGGUCUAUAAGUAGAAAAAACCAAAUAUAGUGCAGACAAUCUGAAUAAUGUAAUACACAGUAGGGGGUAAUGGGGAGAACUCACAUGGAUCACAGCCCUAUCACCCCUGGCUCUGGGUUUGUGCAUCGACCCGUUCUUACAGCCUAUAGUGAAAAACACCAAAGCAUAUCUAAGAGAUACGGGCCAUGUUUUGCGUCCGCUGGGGAAGGUGAAGUGGAGGGAGGGUGAUAUUCUUGUCACAGCAGAUGUCUCGUCUCUCUUCUCCAUCAUCCCACACCUGAUAGGCAUUGAAGCCAUUAGGUCCUUUUUUCCUCUACGGAUCUAUCUCCUGCACAUCAGGCAUUUCUUUUAGAGGGAAUUAAGCUUAUAUUGACCAAUAAUUAUUUUUAUUUUAUGGAUUCUUUUUAUUUACAGAUUCUUGGAAGGGUGGUGGGAACUAGAUUCGCACCAAGUUAUGCCGAUUUAUUUAUGUCCCAUUGGGAAGAGUCUUACAUCUAUGGGGAUCAUAGCUGGGUGCAGAAUUUGGUCACCUAUCAUCGUUACAUUGAUGAUUUGUUUUAGAUCUGGAGAGGCUCCAGAGAAAAGCUCCUGCUAUUUUUUGCAUACCUUAACUCUAACUCUUGGGGUGUUGGACUUACCAUGGACCAUAGUGACAGCCAGAUACAUUUUCUGGACCUAAGGAUUUUUAUUUCAAAUGGUAAGAUCUGCACUGAAACCUUCUUUAAGAAGGUGGAUGUGAAUAGUUAUUUUUUUUUUUUGAUAGCUGUCACUAUUACCCCUGGUUGAAUAACAUCCCUAAGGGGGAAAAUGAUGAGAUUUAUAUUGUUGGCAAAAAGCUGGCCGAUAUAACACAUUAUCUGCAAAUGUCUUCUUUUGUCGCCAGCGUAUUGGUGUCCCCAUCCAGGAUAGUUGUUUCUUGGUGGUCUGCCAGGGAGAACUCAUCCAGUGUGUCCAAUAAGUAAUACUCUGUUGUAAGUGAAGGAGCUACUUCACUAAACACCAUCUUGGACCUGUUUGGCCUUUGGAGAAGAUCUAUAUUCCAGGAUUUCUCUAGUGUUGUGCAUCAAAUCUUUUUCAAAUGUUUGCCCAUGGCUGCAGAAGGGGAUUCUGAAUAUAUCAUAAAAUUGGAUUCUAGGUCCAUAAAAUCAAGCAUAAAAACAGCAGGUCGAAAGAAUACAGCUCAUUAGACACGUGUCGACUCUCAGUGAGGUUUGGUCCGCCUCCCAAGUACAAUUUUUACUCACUUUUUGCAUGCUUUUUUACAUUCCAUGCUGUUUGUUAUACUAUCUAAAUCCACCUAUAGGAUUUAACGUUUCUAAUAAGCAGUGUGUAUUUGAUUUACUUUAACCAUGUUUGUCAAAUGAACCAUUAAGAUCAGAUUAAGUAGACAUUUUAGUAAAUUCAGUUACAAUCAUUCAAAUAGUUUAGUUAGAGCAAAAUAUGGGCCAAGAUACAUAUGUUGUGAUUUUUAACUGACAAAAAAAAAUGAGUGGACUUAUAGCAAUUCACAGAUUACUUGUUAUUUAAUUUAACAAUCCUGUAAAAACACUGUCGAAUUUUCUCUGAUCUUUAUUGCAUCAAAUUACAAAAAAAGGGGAACAUAUAAACCUACAGAGGUAAAAAAACAAAAACAAAGAUGCACCUAGUUUAAAGGGACACUAUAGUCACCAAAACUGCUUUAGCUUAACAAAGCUGUUUUGGUGUAUAGAUCACCUGCAGUCUCCCUGCUCAAUCCUCUGCCAUUUAGGAGUUAAAUUACUUGGUUUAUGGAGCCCUAGCCACACCUUCCUGCACGUAACUUACACAGCCUUCCUAAACACUUCCUGUAAAGAGUCAUCUAAUGUUUACACUUCCUUUAUUGCAAAUUCUGUUUAAUUUAGAAUUUCUUAAAAUAAACUUUUAAAGUAAGUUACAUCUGAUUGAAAAUUAAACCUUUGUGUUUUCAUCACAAAAGUGAUUUAAUUCCUAAGUGGCAGUAAAUUGAGCAGUGAAACUUCAGAGUCAUGAUCUAUACACCAAAAUGGUGUUAUUAAAGCUAACGUUGUUUUGGUGACUAUAGCAUCUAUUUAAGCUAUUUGAAGACAUUGCCUUACCCAUUAAUAACCUCAACCGCAAAAAAAUGUUUAAUCUUGAAUAAGAAUGUAUUUACUAAAUUAUAUGAUUUCUUCAGAACCAUGUGGACACAUCUUUUCUAAACAUAUAGUACACACAGACAUUACAGAUGCUACUAAUUCAUUUAGUGGACACGCAGUACUGUUUCUUUUUAAGGAUCAUGAUCUUCAAGAACAGAUUCGGGAUCAUUUUAUUAAAAUACGGGAGCAAAUAUUUCUUCUAAAUGAAGCUGAAGUCCGAAAACGUUGGACUUUCGAAGAGGCAGUAAGUGAAGACUUCUUAUAUUAGAAACCAUUGAAUACCCUUUAUUUAUUGUGAUAUUACCUAUAGAUUACUCUAUGCAUGUAGACUUUAUAAAUCUAACAAUUUAUUUCCGUAUAAUGACUACUCUUUCAGCAUUGCCUAAAAUUUGAUGUGAACGGUGUGUAUUUUGUUAAAGGAACACCCUUAGCACUAUAACCAGUACAGUACAUUGUAAUGGUUAUAUUUUUUAGAAGUCCAUAGGCGGCAUACUGUUUUUGUUUUUGCCCAAACUGUUUGUAUGUAAUUAUUUAAUUUAAAAAAAAAAAAAAAACCUCUCCUGAUAUCAGAUGAUCAGAAACCUGCAAGCCUAUAUAUAUGUCAUGACAGGUUUACUUUAAAGGAAAAUUGGGUGUUUUUUUUUUUUUUUUUAAUUUUCUGUUAAAUAAAAACAUGUAAAUAAAAAACUUCCUCCGGCUUCCAAAUUAACUUUCAUGGGGUAACUGAAGCUGAUCUGCAGGCUUCCCCCAAGCACAUCCUGUUUUCCCCUUCUGCAUUCCAGCAUGGCACACUUCUUGUGUCUGACCUGCUAUUGGUGAGGGUAUCUAUCGGUUAUUUGAUUGGCACUUUUUUGGCCGCUCAUCCGGAGUCUGGUGUAGUGAACAGCGAGAAAUGUAACAUAAUGCUCUUUAUGAGCAGCCAAAAAAAGUGCUGUGUUCAAGACUGCAAGUGCUCUCACAUCAGCAGGUUCAUAAAGAGCAUCCUAUAGGCUAUCUAAUGGGAGAAUCUGAGGAGUAAACCUGAAUUGCCAGAGAGGAUCCUACAGUUCUGCAUCACCUGCCUGAUGAAAACUCAAUAAGAAUUUUUAACACAGAGUUUCUUUGUUUUACAUUAUUCUGUUUUCUCAUGUGUGAAAUGUGUACAAUAGACAUCAAAACAACUUAAGCUUACAGCUUUUAGUGUAUAGAUCAUGCCCCUGCAGUCUCACUGCUCAAUUCCCUUCCAUUUAUGAGUUAAACAUAUUUUGUUUCUUUUUAUACAGUCCUAGCCGCACCUCCCCAAAUUAAACAGACUGUGCAAUAUAGGAAGUUUAAACAUCAGACCUCACUUAAGAAUGCUAAAUGUGCCUGCAUUUUUAACAAAAGGGGUCAAAAGAAUAUCUUAUAUUCUCUCUCCUAGUAACUUCUGGGUUUAUGUGUAUCUCUUUUUUUUUCAGUUACAAACAUAGGCCUUGAUUUCACAUUUUUGAAUAACCUUUUCAAAUUAUUUUAUAUUUUUGGCUACAUGUUUAAAAUAUCUAAAAUUAUAUCAAACUAUUAAAAUAUUUUUCAAAAUAUGAAAUAAUUUGACAAGUUUAUCCAAAUAUAUUAAAUUUAAGGCUGUAAUUUGUUAAAUAUUCAUCCCAGUUUUUUGUUUGUUUUGUUUUUGAACUUCACGUUAUUGUGCAAAUUGCAGUAUCUUGGAAUGCCGUUUCCUUUGAACAAAUACUAUUUAUGCUGUUCAUCCAGUGGUAAAAAUACAAGAUGCUGCACUUUUAUUUUGAAUACAAUCUCAAUGGAUAUCAGAAAUAAAUUAAGUUUGCAUAUCAAAGUGGAGUAACAUACAAGCUGGAUAAAAGGAGGGCCUACGCGGAUUUACAGUAAGCUGGAUGCCAGGGCAGUUAGUUGGCCAUUGAUUAAGGUUUUCAAAUUGCAGUGCAGGUGAAACACCAGUCAAGAGGACUAUUAUAUCUGUGGAACGCGUGUAACAUCCGACAUACGAAGGCAAAUUUUAUGCCAACUGUAAAGAUUUUCCACCUCUAAUUUUCCAGCUCUGCUGCUUUGACCUUCAUUUCCUUUUAUGUGCCAUGUGCAAUAUCUUUUAUUCCUUUCUGUGCCAUAACGAAUUUCCAUCCUUUGUCUGAUAGCAGAACUAUAGUAACACUUUCUAACUGACUAGCGCUCAACACAAGCAGGGAUUUUCUCUUCUAGGUAUACAGAUAAAGUAUUGUGGUGCUACAAGCUUUAAACAUCUGUUAUCCCACCAUUACCAGAACUUUUCGCUUGGCCUGUGUGAAGAUAUCCCAGAUGGAGAGCUGCAGUUGCUGGCUGGUUUUUAAAAGCGUAACCAAUCAGACUUGCCAUUGACUUCUGCAAAGUGGCAUGUACACAAAUAAGUACAAUAAGCAUAUAUACAUAAACUUGGAACGUUUUUCUUCACUUUACUCAUUGACACAUCCCUUAUACUGCCACCAAACUCUCAUGUGGCUCUCUUUCUAACCAUGUCUUACAUACUUUUCCGUAGAUACUUCGCCCUUAUUUCCAUGCAUUGCCACUCUAUCAUUCUGAGCUCCAAAACUGGAGGAAAUAUCUGGAAUUUGAGAUCUCUGAAGGUCACCACAACCGUAUAGUGACUUUAUAUGAGCGUUGUUUGGUGGCCUGCGCACAUUACGAGGAGUUCUGGCUAUCUGUAAGUUCCGUAUUGAUUUCAUUUGGCUGUGUAGAAUGACAGUAUUUGCAAUGAAUGAUAAACGCAUGAACUGAGUCAUAGGGUGUACCGCAACUGACAAAUCCUUUUAUUUCCUAUAAUCAUGCUACAUAUCUUUAUAUUCAGUAUGCAAAAUAUAUGGAAAAUAUUUCAGUGGAGGAAACAAGCUUAAUAUUUCAGCGAGCUUGUCAGAUCCACUUACCAAAGAAACCAACUCUGAAUUUCGAAUGGGCUAUGUUUGAAGAAAAGCAUGGUAAGUCUCGUAAUGUUUCUUUGAUGUACAAACCUGCACUAUAAUUCGCAGUUAGCCAGAUGCUGCAUCAGCCCAUCUAUUUAUUCCUCUCCCUCUAGGGAAGCUAGAUUCUGCACGUUCCAUCCUCUGUGACCUAGAAACGCAAGUUCCUCGCCUGGCUAUCGUGCGCAUGAAGAGGGUGAACUUGGAGCGAAGGAACGGAAACCUGGAGGAGGCAGAGCGGCUCUUGCAGGAAGCUGUAGAGAAGAAUUUAGGAACUGAAUUGGCAGCCUUUUACUCUAUAAAGCUGUCUCGAUUUCUUCUGAAAUCUCAAGGAGAGCUUGAGAGGGCUAAAGAAGUAGUCAUUCAAGCUUUGAAAGAAGAACCGGUGAGAAAGGGAGUCAGUCACUGGGAAAUGCAAAAGCUUUGUUUAUAUUUGGUAUAGAUCGAGUGUUUUUAAUAAUUUGGUAAUGCUGAAUGAUUUCCUUGUAAUAUUUUAUAUUCUUAAAAGGUAUCCAGUAAUCAUUCAUCUGCAUGCACUGCAAUGCUUUCAAGGUAACGAAUAUAUCUCUACAUAUGACUUAUCCCAUAAUCAUAUAGUGUAGGUCCAGCACUCAUAUUACGCAACUGAUAAUGUCUCCCGUCACUAAGUUAGUAGAAACAUUACUCGCAGAGUUUACAAUCUCCUAUAAAAUGCACACUAAAUACCGAUCUUGUGCAUCUUAUACUUCAGUAUCUCACACUCCAGAACGUUUUGUUCUGCCAAGAUCAACAUAUAAUGUUCUGUUAAUAAGGUUGUUUUUUUGGGGAGCUCAUUGCCUUGCAAAGCUAGUGAGUUAUAUUUCUGUGGCUAUCUUCUUUCUAGGAUAACGCUCGAUUGCAUCUCUAUUUGAUGGAAACUGAAAUGUCCAGAGAAGACUCAGAGGCUGAGAAUGACAUUAUGCUAUGUGCAGAACGGGCACUGCAGAGCAGUCUGCAUGACAAUAUCAAGAUGAUCAUUUCUCAGAGACGCCUUGAGUUCCUGGAAGACUAUGGUUCUAAUAUUACCAGGUAUCAAUAACAAUGUCCCUAUGCGACUGGAGUAGAAAGUGAAAAUAAAAAAUUCUAUUUUAUAUUCUCUUGGAAACCCAUCAUCUAAUGACAAAAGGCUGCAUGUCUUAUAGUCCUUGCGUUUGACAUUUUGUAAUACAUACUUAUCCUUAUUAGUUAAUAACUUUUUUUUUUUUUUUUUUUGCAUUUCCUUGCUUUAAGUCCUCCUUGGUUGGAAGCACAGCAUAUCCAACCGAAGAUCAUCUAGGUAACGAAGAAGUUCCCAAUCACAAAUCUUGAUCCUGAGGAGUGAGCUAGAGUGAAAAUAACAUGACUAUUAUUUCUUAUUUUCUUUAGGUUUAUAUUUUUUUUCUUUCUCUCUGGAUUUAUCUGGAUGUUUCUGUGCCCUGCAUGUGGGAUUCCCUGACAACUUUGACGUACAUAUGUUUUUCAGCUACAAGAAUCAUAUGGAACCGUUACAAACAGUCACAUGAUACGUGGUGUUAAAUAGUAGCAUAAUUAAUAUUUAACUUAAAGGGAAUCUUCAAGUUCUAUAACAGUUUAGGUACCUUAAAACAGCACUGUCACCGUCUGGGGACUUUGACAAAUUCAAAGAAAAAAAAACAAAACACUGACAUGGCUGCUGGUGGUCCGACGAAAGUGCAGCAUUUUGGACUAUGGAGGAUCCCGUUAGAUUCUCCAAAGAUAUUGUCAAUUCCUACUACUACUACUACUUUGUCUCGGUAUAUCUCUUGACUGGGUGGGAAUUUCAGUGAAAUUCUAACACCGUUAAACUGAGUAUUUAAUAAAUAUUCAGUCUUUAUGAAAUACUCAUUGUUCGGGAUAUUCAAAAAGAGACCUAUAGGCACAAGAACAUUGUAAAGUAGCUUCUCACAGGACGUGGGUCUUGUAUGGAGUGUGUCCACCUCACUGCCAUUCUCCGCACAAGUGUACAUGUACAGCCAAGAGAUUUAGAGUAUGUUUAUUUUUUUUCAUUGCGCUGCAGUUAUAAGGUUUUAGGGUUUACUCACUAAACAGUGCAUUGUAGUGAAUUGAAAAGCCAAUCACAAGGUUCAACUUUAAAUCGCAAAGUUGUGACUAUAAUGGAGUUGGAGACCUUUUCCAUAUCUGUUUUUUUGGGGCUAAAUUCUGCAAUUUGGUUUUCAGUUCAUUACAAUUCAGUGAUUUAGUAAAUUAUGUGUUGAGAAACAGGGGAUCUGCUUGCACCAUAACUGAUGCAAGGCUGUUUUUAUGGUGCUUGUCUUCAAAAUGUAUUGCAAGUGUACAUUUGUCAGACAAUUCAACAUGUUCCAACACAUCAUCCUGCUUUUGUGAACACUACCGCAGCCAUGUGUUUUGCAGAACUUUCUUGUUUACCUACAUGAAAGGUAUGUUUUAUAUCUGUAACAUCCCGUAAGUGGAAUUCUGACCACCAUAACCACUAUACCUGAAGCUUCAUAGCACCAUUUUUGAGGGGUUUGACACCUGGGUACUGUAGUCUGGCCCUUUUUUUAGAUAUCGUGGAAGUGACAUCAAUUACCAUCUUUGAAUCAAAUUCAUUGGCUGGCUGUCAGGUGAUGUUCUCAGGCUACAAAUUCUGUCGAAAUAGGGACGAUGUCAUUAAUCUGCUGCAAUGGAAAUUGCUCCCAGGUAAGAGGAAAAACGGUUUGCCGCAAUCCAGGAAACGGCACCACUUUGUUCCUGGCAUCAUAAUCAGCUGGCCCUAGUAGAUAUGAUGCUUGGAGUAACCUGGUAACACACACCUAUGCUGCAUAAUACUUAAUUCAAAUAUUGACUUUUUUAUUUUUUUUAUUAUAUAAUAACUUUAUUUUUUGUUGUUGUAUCUGCUCAUUCUUAAGAUUUCAUAUAAUGUCCAGGUUAUCACGCAAACAAGUUGACAGUGUGCUAUCUGCACCCAAGCUGAAAUAGUAUCUAUUUAAAGUUUAGAAUGUUGUGAAUAUUGAAUUAUUAAUUAUAUUAAAUAAUAUACUCAACUUCUCUGUAUCUAGCUUCAGCAGGACUACAAGAAAAUCAUAAUUUGAGAAUAAUUACAUAUAGUUGUAAAAAUUUAAUAUUUAACACAAGUGCUGCAAAAAGCUUUAAAGCGGGCACUCUAAGCACCAAAACGGUAUUAGCUUAAUAAAUCUGUUCUGGUGUAUAUAUCAUGCCCUUCCAGUCUAACUGUUCAGUUAUCUAUGGUUUAGGAUUUAAAUCACUUUGUUUAUGUAGCUGUAGCCACACCACCCCUGGCUGUGACUCAUGGAAAAAAGGGUUAUAUUUUCAAACUUAUCUUAAAACACAAUGUGUUUAUUUUUUAGAAAUUAUUAACUCCUGCUUAGUUAAACUCUAUUCACAUACAAGAGACUUUUGGCUCUUGUAGGCAAUUAAGAGUCAGGAGUUAAGAACCUCUAAAUUAAACACACUUUGCAAUAAGGGAAGUAUAAAAAUUAGACCUUUUUCCGGAGAGUAUAUAGAGAGACUGUUUACGUCGCAGCCAGGGGAGGUGUGAUUAGGGCUGGAUUCCAACGAUCUGACUGUCCAUAACUUAAAGAUCCCAGCCAUGUUCAACAUUUGUCAACAGACCAAGACAAAAGACCUCUUUUACCUUUUCUAAAAAGUAAACCAGCCCUCAUAUUGGAAAUCGUGUGAUACAAGAAUCAUUACGCUACUCUGAUAAUGCAGGAUAAUAAACCUGACUUUUUGUUUUUGCUUAGACUUUGUCAGAUAGGUGUAAUUUCAACUCUGUCUUGUUUUUUAAACCUCUGCUUUUGACAUUCAAGUACAAUUUGACAUGUUAAUCUAUGCCGGUUUUUAAGAUUUCUAACUGGUAACCUCUGUCCCUGUGCCAGCCAAGCCGAUGCAGCUUAUCAGUGUGUCAUACACUGCCUGGAUUAGAGAGACUAUUCCAAUUGACAUUUUAAUGUAGCAUCAGUUAUUGUAGUGAUUAUAGUAUUAUACGCAUAAGAGUCUAAUAGAAUCUGGAGCUCUGCAUGGUGCCCAUAGCCUUUAUCACAUCCCCAUGGGAUGCAACAUUGAUUGAGUUGGUAUGAUAGACAUGUAGUACACAUGGUGAGAUAAGAUAGAUGCAUGUUCCUGACAAAAAUCAAGUAAAGUUAUUUUAUCUUAUGUCAUCUUCCAUUUGCAUGGAAAUUCCAAUAGAGUCUGGAUUUUCCAUAAACAAUCCUGUCUUUAUGAAAACUCAGGUAAUAGUCCCUCAUUGAAUCUGUACAGCCACAGAACCAUUAACGAUACAUUAACAUGAUUUUGAUACUUUGCUUACAUCGCCUUGAUUUACACAGAAGGUCAGUACCAUAUCACCUGUGAGAAAAAGGAGCACAAAUUAGUCCCACCCCAAGGUUACUACUAAACUUAGGAUGACAAGGAAGGAUAAACUCCUACAUAUAACUGGUAGUUAAGGACUAACCAAAACAUUAAAGGGACAUUCAAUCUCUACAACACGUGUCACACAAAAGAUUACAGGAAAAGGACUGCCCCAAGUGGAUAAAUAGUAAAAAUAAUAAUAAAAAUACAAUACUUAUAUCAGCAGGUAAGACAAUACAGUAUAUGAAGUCUCACUGAAACAGUGGGACUAGGAUUCUGGUGAAAUCACAAAAGAAAAUUCCAAAAUAUUAAAGUCUCACUUAUAAAUGUCUUAUAAGGUGGUUGUUUUGGGUGUAGUGUCCUCAGUGCUGUUAGUGGUUCAACCGUUCUGCUUGUAUGUAAAACAAAAGCGAGGAAGACCAACAGUGCAGUACGUACAAGCCAAUAUGGAUAAAAUAAACAAAUAUGUACUGUCAACUCACAUUUAAAUGAGCUAUAGCCAGCUCUAGUGUUAAGAGCGUACAGCGGUAUGAUCCCCGCUUUAAAGGAUGUGAUGGGAGUGUUCCAGAGAGAUGGUGUCCACUCUGCCAAUCUAGCCUGUGUGCUGGGAGUGCUGUGUUUUGUGAAGUCAGUGGUUGACCCAAGACAUUUAUCGCUGAGUGAGACUAAUAUUUUGGAUUUUUCUUUUCUGUGAUUUCACCAGAAGCCUAGUCCCACUGUUUCAGAGAGACUUAAUAUACUGUAUUGUCUUACCUGCUGAUAUAAGUCUUGUAUUAUUUUUACUGUUGAUCCACUUGGUGCAGCCCUUUUUCUGUAAUCUUUUGUGUCACACCUUUACUCUUCAGAGGGUUACCUUCACUUGGGCUGCGGCCUACUACACUUCUAAUUUUAUUAGCGCUGAUCCUUCUCCAUUUUUUCUAUUCAAUCUCUACAACAGCCUAUGAAUGUUGCAUAAGUGACACUAUUCCUGUGCCCAUAGCAUCAUCAGCAUCAUCCUCCCAUGAUGCUCCAGGAUCCCUUGGACAUCUACUUUAAAAAAAAAAAUCAUAUGGGUGUUUAUUCAGGAGUGUAGAGAUUUUGUAGCAUGCCACGUGCCUACACAGCACUGUAGGGUUUACAUUAUAUCCUGCAGCCAUGAUUGGAUACCCAGGCAUACAAUAUAAAUUAAAAAUAGAAGAAACUCCGAUAUAACCGUUAUACUUUAAGGAACUUUUAAAAAUGUAAAAUACAUGGAAUAUCUAGUUCAUGUUUCUACAUAUUGUAACACUUUCUUUGCUAUUUGUUUUUACCAAGCAUGUAACCCACACAAAAAUGGAAGAAGGUUGUGAGCAUAUGUGAUUGUUUGAUAUUAUCUGUUGGAUACUUCUAUGGUUAUUGGUUAUAGGUGUUGGGAUCUGAUAAAUGUCUUUGUGACCAAAUUGUAAGUGUUUGUUCCUUUGGUGUGGUACUAAUGAACUACAAUCCUCGUAAUGGAAUAGCAUGUUACUGGAUUUUUUUAAAUUUUGCAAUUUGGGGGUGACUCCGAACCCCAUCCUUCUUGCACUGGCUGAAUAAGGAGGUUAUUGUUUGUGGAUGUUGUGCAUGCGUUAGAAGGGAUCACUUACGUGGUCUCUGUUUUUAGGUGGAGACCAGUUCUAUUCAGCAAUGAGGAAGAAAACAUUUUGUAAUAAAUGUUAGUGGAUAUUAUUUUACUUUUCUGCAAAUACAAAAAACCUCUUAAGAUUUUCCCUUAAUGGAACAGAUAUUGCAGACAAAUACUCUAACCUCCAGGAAGAGACAGAGCUACGAUUGGCUGAAUACCAAUCGGCAUACAAAGCUCAUAAAGAAGGUAAAUUUGACCAGGAUUCCAAUGAUUAUAAAUUUGGGGAAAUGUACUCUUGGCAUAUAACGAGCAGGAGUCACCACCAUAGUGUAAAUAAAGGGUUGAUUUGACUUAAGUAAUGUAAGGCAUGUCCAUAUAUUCAAUUCUAUCCACUGAACAUUUAUUAGAAAUUUUCUUGAUUCUUGUACAAAAAUCUUCCUUCAUUGCCGAAUGACAGGUCUGCAUAUAAUAUGGAGACCUAGUGGGUGCUCUGUAUCCAGCAGUGUCCAUGAGCAUAAUGUUGUGUAGUCUAUGCCCAAUCAGUUUGAGUUUUUCACAAUUCAUUAUGACAUGGAGAAGAUUUAAAGUAGAACCAGUUAGCAAGUGCUCUCUGUGUGAAGGCUACUGACAAGAAUAUUUUACCGAGAUUUUUUUUAUUUUUAAAGAUUUCAGCCGCAAAACACUUUUGCUUCUGUCCCCAAACAUUCUUUUAUAUGCAUAUGGAGGGAUGGUCUUAAAUGGAACGAGGACUAAGGCUCAGUUAGAGUGUAUGUGUGAAAAGUUUACCCAAAUGGCCAAUUGUUAAAGAAAAAGUUUAUACCCAUUCAAUAUUGCUAUAAAAUGCAAUGAGGUCCCUUAAGCAUUGUUAUUGAUUGAUGUUUAUGAUCUAUACCCCUCCAUGGGUGGACAUUCCUCAUUACGUAUGAAUCAAAAUACUUCUAACUUCAAGAAGAGUAAUUGAUAUCUACCUUUAUCAUAUAGUAACUUGAAGAGAAGGUGGAUUGUAUUAACGAGUACUAAUUGUUUUUGUUGCUUACAUGUACGUAAAUACAAAUUGUAAAUGUGUUACAGUGGGGGUAUCACCUGACAUGUGUUAGCGUAUUACUCUAAUUCUCAUGACAACCUUAUCUUAAUAAAGCAGUAUUUGUGUGUUGAUCAUGACCCUACAGAAUGGUUGUUUUCAGAUGGUGCAAUGCUGAGAGUCAAGGCGUAGACAGAAAGUUAAAGCAUGUUAUUACUGUGUUUCACUCUAUAGGAUAUUUUUGUCUUUACAGUCUAUUGAAUGCCUACGAUGAACACCAGAAGCUGCUAGUAGAGCAGACAACUAAAGCAGAGAAUGAGUGAGUGUUUCCUAAUGAUUUGACUUGAUUUACUUGGGAGUCUGCCAGUCAGUUCUUUAAUUGGGAGCUAGAAACUCCUGCUAGGAAAUCAGCAUUUUUAGAACUGAUUAACCUCCCUUGUUCCAAAUAGCUAAUACUAGUGGCAGGUGUCUCCAGCACAGACGUUUAUCACUUUGGCAGUGUUCCUAGCACAAAUUUAAGUCUGUUUUGGGGAACGAAGGGUGGACUUGCAAUAGCUGCAGCUUCUUUAAACUGUUUUUCAUGUAACCCCAAAGAAAAUACGCAGAAAAAUAUAUAUAUGUGCAUGUUUUCUUUGGGGGUAUGUAUAUUAAAUAAUGUGGGGGAACAGUAAUUUGGUGUUUUGAAAGGAGAAUAUGUGACCCAGGAUACACUGUAUCUUUCUCUUUUCAGGAGCAGUGGGCAUAUAGAAAAUGAAAAGACCCAAAAUGAUAGGCUUACCAUUGCACCACAAUAUUCAACUCAUUCUCCUAUAGUACCAACACCCCCCUAUCCUCUUAUCCUCCCACCUGGACCAGUGAUGCCACCCCCUGGGCCAGUAAUGCCACCCCCUGGACCAGUGUAUGGUGCAUCAACACAAUCAACUAGCAUGGAUGGCUGUAACCUUUGGUACCAGGUAAGCACAGAGCUCAAGUUUGUUAUUUAGUUUUACUUACAUAGACUUGUCCGUUAGAUUCAUGAAGCAAUCUCUUUUUCUCUUAGAACUACAGACAAUACAAUCCUAUGUCCUGGAAUCCACACAGAUAUUUCUUUCCCCAGUGACAUCAACUCGUACCAACAGGAGUGGUUAUUUUUCAAACAUCUGAAUCCAGAAAAGGGCGAAUAUAGAGACAGAACUCUGCAGAUUAGUGGACAGUUCUACGGCUCAGAUUUUAGCCUUUAUACUUGUUAAAGAGAGAGUGCCAAGGAGCUAUGCAGUACUGUGGUUCAUUACUUACUGGUGGACUAGUCUCUACCAAACCAAGCAAAAGAGAGAGUUUUACUAAACAGAUGUUCCGUUUGUUGUAGAAGAUUAGACUCCAGUACGCUUUACAGCCUGUCCUCAAACGUGUCAAAGCACAGAGACAAAAAUUGUGGUAAACCUUGGAACCCCUAAAAUGGCAAUUGUUUGCCUGGUACCAUCCUUAGAUCCAAUAAGUUAAAGUGAUUCGGGUCCUCGUUAACCAAUCAUGGUGAAGUGAAGAUUCUUCUGAUCUUGCAUGCUUGAUUUAUCUAAGGAGGCAGAUUUGAUACGAUUUCUCAAUAUUUAUAUGUACAUUUUUAUUUUUUUUUACCACUUUGCAAAUUUUACUUUAUAGAAAUAUCGUGAUUCCAUUCUUCAAAUUUGUUGGGUUUUUCUUUUUGUCAACAGCUCAGGAAAUGCAGUUAAUGAACAGAAAGUCUGGGCCUUUGGUUAGGCUGGGGCACAUUGAAGGUUGAAAUAAACGUAUGGAAACGAGGAUGAUAGCAGGAGGUUUGAUGUAAAUAGGGAAUUUAAAUGGAGAAGCAUAGGUUUGACAGUGGAGUCACCCACCCACAACUUGGAAACAGCUCGUAGGACUCCCCUUUUGUUGAUUUUGUCCAAAAUCUUUUGAGCAACAUUUAUCAGCCAAUAUACCCCUAUCGUACAGUUUAGUAUUUAUUAAGUUAUAUAAAUUUGUUCAACAACUACAGUAUGUUGUUUGUGAACACAGCUGUUUUUUGUUUAUUUUUUUUAAAUACAGAAUGUGAUUAAUUUAGUAUUAAAAAGGCACUGGUCAUGCCCCCAAAAAUAUGCGCAUGAUAUUGAGCAUAAGAUUUUAUCUAUACAUUGUGCUAGCAAAUGUUUAGAUUAAGAGAAAAGCCUAUUUUAAAAAGUAGGUUUUUCCUCACAGUUGUAAGUCAGUACCGAGGCAUUGAAUGACAAGCGAGAGCAAAAAAGACCUCCCUCAGAAACCAGAGCAUGUGCUAUGGUUGCUAUGGAAACUCCAUACUUGGCGCUUCUAGCACUGGCUAGGGAGUAUAGGAACGUCACCCUGUCCCCAAACUGGCAACGAAGCCAAUGUGCUGACCAAAAAACUGAUGAGAUUUGCCCUGCUUGGGGUGUGUCCGAAGCAGGGAAAAGCAAAGAGACCAGGAGUAGCCGUGGCGGAGUAGAGUAUGGCCAGGAGGUCGAUGUUACACACAUUUUAGCUGGUACCUUUCAGAACCACUUUUGCCUCUGUAUUACAAAUAUUAGCUUAAAUUGUUUGUGGGUG